AUGGAGCCAGCCACGGCCAGAGGUCCGACUGAGAAGAGCUUCAGCUACGUGGUCCAGACGCCCAGUGGUGAGGGCUUUGACACAGUCACUGUGAAGGUCCACACACACUGGGUGUUCCAGGACGCGGAGGGCACUGGCGAGGGGCAAGGUUGCCUUUCAGAGACAGCAGCUGGUUGCCCCGACAUGGCCGUGCCUGAGGAGCAGUCCUCCGAGCAGAAGCCGUGGGCAGCUGGGGACACAGACAUGGAUGAGUUGGAGUCUGUGCUGAGGAGCAGAAUUCAGGAGCUGGAGCUGUCAGAGAGGAGGCUCCUGCAGAAGCUGGACCAGCUCGGUGCCCGCGUGGUCCGGGAGAGAAGUGCCUCGCUCCGCACCCGGGAGACGCUGCAGGCGCUACAGACAGAGCUGGCCGGCCGGGUCCGGGAGCAGGAGAGCACCGCCCGGCGGCUGCGGGAGCGGCUGCGGCGCAAGGACGAGCUGCUGGGGCAGCAGGCGGUGGCCUUGGAACGCUGCCGGCGGACCCAGAGACGCCAGCUGGGUCUGGUACGCCAGCAGGAGCGCGUCCUGCGGGCGCAGGUGAAGCGGCUGGAGCGGGACGUGCGGCGCCUCUGUCGCGCUGCGGGUCGCCUGCUGGCCCAGCUGGAUGUCGGAGCCCCAGCGUCCGUCACCCGGGGCAGCCCCCAGGCCCUGGUUCCGGCCCACGCGACAACGGGAACUGCGGAGGAAGCAGCGGCGCUGGCGGCUGAGCUGCGCGCUUUGCAGGCCAGGGCGGAGCAGGAACGGGAGGAGGCGGCGCGCCGGCUGCGGGCGCAGCGUACCACCGAGUGCCGGCUCCGCGCGCAGCUGGAGGAGCUGCGAUGCUGCGUGUUUGGGCUGCAGCUGUCGGAGAUCGGGCUGCAGGGCCGCGUCGAGGACCUCGCCCAGCAGAACCAGAGCCUGCGAGAGCAGCUCGGCGCCCAGGCAGCCCCUGUCUGGGGCGGUAGCCUGGUUCCUCUGGCUGAGCCUGAUUUGGAUGAACACAGCUUUCUCCUGGUGUGCGGCGGCCCCCCAGGGUCUCUCCCCCCCGUGGACCUGGCCUGGAUGUCAGAGAGCCUCCCAGCCAACCCGGCCCAGCAGCCCUCGGUCCUGGUGCAGACUGUCACAUGGCCUCUCGGGGAGUCAACUGGGGACCCCGCUCCCCUGCUGCUGCUCCUACAACCUCCCCCGGAACUUCACACUGAGGAAGGGCUGGGCACCGGGCACCCCUGCCACCACAGGUUCACCCUUGAGCUGGAAGAACUGGAGCAGGAGCUGGAGGCGUGCUUCCAGCAGCUGGCCCUCCUGCAGCCUGAGCAGGCGGCGCCUCCGGCUUGCAGAGAGACUGGGAGUUUCACUGCCAGGCCCGAUUUGCCCCAGGUUUUUGGAAACAAACAUUUGGAAGUUUGUGCCAACGAAGCAAAACCCCAGGAGGGCAGUGGCCUUGUUAAACAGGGACAGGCUGCGGGUCUAGCUCCAGUGUCUGGCUGGGAGGAAGCAAGCUCACAUCCUCCAGAAGGGCCCUCGGGGUUUGGGGGCCACUGGCAGUCGCUGCCCUGCAGGGCCCUGAAGAGGAUGAGGUAUCAGCUGCACCAGCUGCUCCCUAGACUAAAGUCAAUCAGGAGCCUGGCUUUUCACUAUAACACCAAGCUUCAAGGGGGCCAGGGCAAGCUGUGCGUGCUGGAAGAGCAGAGAGCGAGCGAUGCAACAGGCCUCGCCAGCCUCGUGGAGCCUCACAGCGUGCUGCAGGGGGAUGCCACACGCCUGCAGGGAGAGUUGGCCCAGUGCCUGCAGGUCAUUUCUGACCUGGAAGACUGCAACAGCAAGAGUUACUGCAAGAUCCUAGAGCUGGAGGAGGAAAACGCAAAACUGAAGGAGCAUCUGGGUGCUGCCGAGCGAGCGGUCCUGCAGAAUCAGGGGCUGGAGGCGCUCCUCUCGGGGCUCAGGGCCAGCUACAAGGAGCUGACCCAGAGGGUGGAUGGCAUGACCCAGCUCCUCCUGAGCAGGCUCCACGUCCUGGAGGCAGACGUGGCCGCCAGGGCGGGCCCGGACGCUGUGCAACGUUUGGUGGGGGAAGGGGAGCCGUUCCAAGAGGCGACGGGGAGAGUGGAGAGCAGAGUGCAUGCUGUGGACAAAGAAGUCCAGGCCGCUCCACCCUCGGGGCCGCUGAUGGCCAGAGCCCACGGGCCGCCCAAGGAGGAGACAGCAGCUCCAGCUGCAGGGCCGGUGGGUCCCUGCUCAGGUGUGGAGAAUUCCGGAUGUGGUGUUGGUUCCAUGGCUGUGGCUGCAUCCAGUGGCCUGCAGGGAAGCCCCAUUGGAGCAGGGGACCAGGAGAAGCGGCUGCCAGGCCCCGGCCUCCAGCUCCAGGUCUCAGGGGCCCAGGCUACCCAGGAAGACCCCGGGCUGUGUAUCCGUCGCCUCCACCACCAGGUCCUGACCCUGCAGUGUCAGCUCAGAGACCAGGCAUCUGCUGGCCGGGAGCUGCAGCUGGCGCGGGACGCGGCCGUGCGGCACCAGGAGGAGCUCCGGGGCCAGCUGGAGAAGCUUCAGAGAAGGCAGCACGAGGCGGACCUGGCUGUGCCCCCUCUGAAGGCCAAGCUGGCUUCCCUGGUGCGCAAAUGCAGGGUGAGGAACCACCUCAUCACACACCUGCUGCAGGAGCUGCACAGACGUGGGCCCGAGGACCACGCUCUGUCCCAGCUGGCACAGAGCAUGGCCGAUGACACAGCGCUGGCCGAGUACACGGUCACGUUCCUGGCCCAGGACAGCCUGGAUGCUCCAGAGCUUCUGCCACCCACCGUGGGACCUGUGCCUGACCCUGCAGCGACCCCGGCGGUUGUGGCUGUGGAGCCAGCAUUCCCUGCACCGCGUCUGCAAGCAAGGGGCGGGCUGUUGGGUCCCGCUCUCCCGGCCACAGGCCUGCCCCUGUCCUCGGAGCUCCAGAGCCCGGCCAGGAUCCUGGCUUUCCACCAAGAGCUCAGACGGAGCCUCAGCAGCCACGUCCAGGGCAGCGCACCUCCGCUGGAGGUGUAA